AAGAAAUCAAGCUUUCGACUGGCAUCGAUUUUGUUUUGGCUGAUUUCGCUCCACCGCACGUCCGCCUCGGGUCCAGAUUCGCAGACCCGCCACUGCUAACGUGCGUAAUGUAUCGUAGAGAGGAAACACAGUAAAUAGACGGACACGUCCAUCUGCAAAAGGAGAGGAAACGAAGAUGGUGAUGAUGGCUUCACCCAAUUUAGCCUCCAAAUGCUCGGCAGCAAUGGCGAAGCCCUCCUUCCCCCUGAAGCUGUUUCUCUGGGUGUUUGUUGUCGUUAAUCUCCCUUCAAGCUCCUUCCAAACUGAUGACGAUGAUGAGGUGUCUAAUAAGACGUGGGUGCUGACUCCCAAAGUGUACGAGAGUGACGUCACACACAUCCUAAAUAGCCUACUAGAUGGAUAUGACAACAAACUCAGACCUGACAUCGGAGUCAAACCGACAGUGAUCCACACAGACAUGUUUGUCAACAGCAUUGGGCCAGUAAAUGCCAUCAAUAUGGAAUACACCAUCGACAUCUUUUUUGCCCAGACCUGGUAUGACAGAAGGUUAAAAUUCAACAGCACGAUGAAGGUGCUGCGUCUCAACAGCAACAUGGUUGGGAAGAUCUGGAUCCCAGAUACUUUUUUCCGCAACUCGAAGAAGGCCGAUGCUCACUGGAUCACCACACCCAAUCGCAUGCUUAGAAUCUGGAAUGAUGGUCGAAUACUCUACACCCUCAGGUUGACCAUCGACGCCGAGUGCCAGCUUAAACUGAACAACUUCCCAAUGGAUGAGCACUCGUGUCCCCUGGAGUUUUCAAGCUAUGGCUACCCCAGGGAGGAGAUUGUGUACAAGUGGAAAAGGAACUCAGUGGAGGUUGGGGACAUUCGCUCCUGGAGGCUCUACCAGUUCUCCUUUGUGGGCCUGAGGAACACCUCUGAGAUUGUCAGGACCGUCUCAGGAGACUACGUGGUGCUGACCGUCUUCUUUGACCUGAGCAGGAGAAUGGGCUACUUCACCAUCCAGACCUACAUUCCCUGCACCCUGAUUGUUGUCCUCUCCUGGGUCUCAUUCUGGAUCAACAAGGAUGCAGUACCUGCCAGGACAUCAUUAGGCAUCACCACUGUGCUAACCAUGACCACACUGAGUACUAUUGCCAGGAAAUCCCUUCCAAAGGUUUCCUAUGUGACCGCCAUGGACCUAUUUGUGUCUGUCUGCUUCAUCUUCGUCUUUGCUGCGCUUAUAGAGUAUGGCACACUGCACUACUUUGUCAGCAACAGGAAGCCGAGUGCCAAAAAGGACAAGAAGAAGAAAAACCCGCUCCUCCGGCUCUUUUCCUCAAAGCAGACACCCACGGUAGACAUCCGUCCACGCUCAGCCACAGCCAUUCAAAUGAACAAUGCCACACACAUGCAGGAGCGGGACGAGGAGUACGGCUACGAGUGUCUGGACGGGAAGGACUGCACCAGCUUCUUCUGCUGUUUCGAAGACUGCCGCUCUGGAGCCUGGCGGCACGGCAGGUUGCACAUCCGCAUUGCCAAGAUAGACUCGUAUGCACGCAUCUUCUUCCCCACUGCAUUUGGUCUCUUCAACCUGGUCUACUGGGUCUCCUAUCUCUAUCUCUAGGCCCUGGUGUGUAUCCAGCCUUAUCAUUCAGUUCAUUACAUUCUACAUACGCUCUGCGCCACCAAGGGACUUUUUGAAGGAGGGGACCCACUGAAACACCCAGUGAUUUGAUUUAAAGCAUUUAUUUUAAUUCUGAAAUUUUAAGCUCUUUACAUUUUAGUUAUUUAACCCGAAAA